UUGUUCAGUUACAUGUAAAAGAUACCAUUCAAUUUCACUUGGACUGUCCGUACUAUCAUUCAGAAAUCAGUAAUGUGUGCUCAUCAGAAGCUUGUUCAAAACAUAGCCAUUUUGUUGCUAUUGGGCACGUUGUUGUGCCACUGUGGGACUCCAAAUGGAGCUGAAAGCAGCACAAAGUCCGGGGACGUAAAGAAAGAGCGGGAACCAGAGACGUAUCCACGCCGUCUGUUACUGGGGAAGAACGGCGAGUACACGGUGGAGUGGCGGUACACCGACGACGAUGUUGUGUUUCGAGUAAGCGUGGAGACUUCAGGAUGGGUGGGGCUUGGUUUCUCUCCUAGAGGAGGUAUGGAGGGAGCAGAUGUUGUGAUUGGAUGGGUGGACAACGGAAAGGCUUUCUUGACAGAUCGCUUCGCCGUGGGUAAUCAGCAGCCAGCCCUCGAUACGAAACAAGAUUACCAACUUCUCAGCGGUGUUGAGGAAGACAAGAAAACGAUAUUAGUAUUCCAACGGAAACUUAAUACCUCAGACUGCGAGGAUGUAGUUCUGAAUUCCGAGACCAUUCGCCUGAUUUGGUCAUACAGUGACAAGGACCCAGACGUCGACAACGGGGGACCAACAUACCACGGCCCCGAUCAUAGAGGCACCAAAUCAAUCAUAUUACUCGACUCUGACCAUACAAAAACACAGGUUCCCGCUGAUGCCAAAAAGUAUGAAUUUUGUAACAACAAUGUGCGUCCGGAACGACAGCAACAGACGUUAUAUUGGUGUUCAUUAUUCCAGUUCCCGAAACUACAAAAAAGACAUCACAUAAUACGGUUUGAGCCCGCAGUUGAACCAAGCAGCGUUCGGCAUAUCCACCAUAUGCUUCUCUUCGGAUGUUACUCACCACUCCAAGACGAAAGUCUCUACAGUUUCUCAGAUAUCUGCCUCAAGCUCCCUAAAGAUAUACAAAACUGUUUCUCCGUCAUGUUCUCAUGGGCGGUGGGAGGCGAGGCGUUUGAUUUUCCUGAUCAUGUUGGUUACUCUAUCGGUGGUAAAGGGGAUCCACUCUUCUUACGUCUGGAAGUACAUUAUGACAAUCCCAGAUUACCGGCUGACUUCAAGGACAGCUCUGGUUUUCGUUUUUACUACACGCCCAACUUAAGACAACAUAAUGGAGGAGCAUUCCCGGUGGGCAUGUUCCCGAUGUGGUGGCAUAUCAUACCACCACAGCAAGAGAAAUUCAAAUCUAGAGGAUGGUGUCUCAAGGAAUGCACACAAUUGUAUUUUCCAUCCGAUGGCAUCAAAAUGUUUUCUACUUUCGCACACACCCAUGCCAGUGGUCAAGCGGUAAGAUUUCGUCAUUUCCGGAACGGGACACACUUGGAGAACUUUAUCAACGAUGUGCACUUUGAUUGCGAUUUCCAAGCAAUACGACAUUUGAAAACAGAGAAGACAAUCAUGCCAGGUGACACUCUUCACACGGAAUGCACAUUUAACACCGCAGACAGGGAAAAUGUUACAUACGGUGGAUACGGGCGAACAGAUGAAAUGUGUUUUAGUAUCGUCUACUACUACCCGAAGAUCGACAACUUCGGCGACUGUUUUUCCGUCGCUCAGCCUCUUGCAAUGCUGCAACGUCUUGGAUAUAACACAAGUGAUCUACCAAUCGAGAUGGAUCAAGCCACCACCGUCAACGCCUUUGAAACCUUUAACUGGAAGGAUCCAAACUUUAUCUCAGAAUACACACAAGCUUUGAAUGACGUGAGCUUGUACUUCAGAUGUGAUAACCAAACAAGAUUAGAACAAUUGGAUCCUUUUGCCGACUGGAAGGUACCACAGUAUGACUACUCCGACGACGAAGACACCACUUGUUAAUAGUGGCUUUGUAAAAACGAGCGAUUGCCGUUUUCUAUACAAGCCUUGGCCCAUCCUCCUCAUAAUUCUCAGGUUUUAAAUGUAUUGGUUACCACUGUUGGUUAAAACAUAAAGCGCAAAACAAUGUUACCUGAGUACCCGUAUAGGCCUAGCCUAUAAGAGCCGUUUGUGUAACCCAACAUACACAUUCAAUAAACACCAUGUGAACGUUAUAAGCUCGUUUCGACUCAGGGACUCUGAGUCGCCAGAAAAUUGUGGGGAAAAAACCGCUGUCUUUUGUAAUCAUCAGAUAUUUGACUCGUGUAAUCACUGUACAGGCAAAAACAUUGCAAGGAAAAAUGUCCACCUUCAUAAUAAUAGGCUGUUGGUAAAUCUGGGAUCAUUUAUUUGUUUGAUGUAACAAGGAGCACAACCUAAGAACCUAUAUUCAUUCUGUUUCACGUCGAGAAUUCUGUAGUUUUACAAAUUUCCUUUAGGGAGGAGUACGCAGGUUGGGGGGGGCGUGAAUAGCUAAUGUAUCAGUUAAUGUUUCAGUUAAUUUGUUUCACACAAUUUUACUCAAUUCAAAGACAAGAAAGGAUAUUAAUGUUUAUGUUACAUGAAUAAUUCAUCAAUAUUUUAAUCAUCUAGCCUUUCAAAGAGUAAUUUGAAAAUAGCUUCCCUAAAAAUUGUAUCAACAAAUUGGAUACUUCAAAAACGUGAGGUUUUGGCGAGGUGACAUCUUUUGUACUCCGCUGCCGUCUGUGGCUCGUCCUAA